CGCGGGGAGGGUCGCGCCGGGGGCCGCGGAGCUGCGGCGGCGGGCGGCGCCCCAGGGAGCCGAGGGACCGUCAUGUCGCGCUACACCAGGCCCCCCAACACCUCGCUCUUCGUGCGGAACGUGGCAGACGCCACCCGAAAAGCUAAAGCAGUCCACAGUAGCUGGCAAUCGCCCCCCAGUUUGAACCAACCUGUUAGCUAGAAUCCAAGCCUAAACCCAGCAGGAAAGACAAAAGGCACCUAAAGGCCACGCAUCAAGGAGGAAAGAGGGAGGGUGGACACAGAUAUAAAGCCCUGGAAGAGGGGAAGUCUUUACCAAGCAAAAGACAAUGCCAGCACCAGGCUGAGACUUCGGCUUUCCUACAUUUACUCAGAGAUCCAGAGUCAAAGCCAAGUCUGAUUUUGUUGGUUCUGCGUCUCUUAUAAAGUCCAUCUUGCAAGCCUUAAAGAGUAAAGGUCAAGGUUCAAGAUCAAGUGACAUUGAGUGUCCUUAACAGCUAGUCAUAUUUGAAGAUGUCCGAGAUGCUGAAGAUGCUCUUUAUAACCUCAACAGAAAAUGGGUAUGUGGCCGGCAGAUUGAAAUACAGUUUGCACAAGGGGAUCGCAAAACACCAGGUCAGAUGAAAUCAAAAGAACGUCAUCCUUGUUCUCCAAGUGAUCAUAGAAGAUCAAGAAGUCCCAGCCAGAGGAGAACUCGAAGUAGAAGUUCUUCGUGGGGAAGAAAUAGGAGGCGGUCUGAUAGCCUUAAAGAGUCUCGGCACAGGCGAUUUUCUUACAGCCAGUCUAAGUCUCGCUCCAAAUCACUUCCAAGGCGGUCUACCUCAGCAAGGCAGUCAAGAACUCCAAGGAGAAAUUCUGGUUCUAGAGGGCGUUCAAGGUCCAAGUCCUUACAAAAAAGGUCCAAGUCAAUAGGAAAAUCACAAUCAAGGUCACCUCAAAAGCAGACUAGCUCAGGAACAAAAUCAAGAUCCCAUGGAAGACAUUCUGACUCCAUAGCAAGAUCCCCAUGUUGUAAAUCUCCCAAAGGGUAUACCAAUUCUGAAACUAAAGCACAAACAGCGAAACACUCGCAUUUUCGAUCACAUUCCAGAUCCCGGAGUUACCGUCACAAAAACAGUUGGUGAACAACAAAAGCAGAAAACGACAUAGUCUUUAAUAUAAGUUAUUGAACUUCUCAUUAUGUUAAAUAAAAAUUAUUCAAGGCUUACAGAAAAUGUGAGUUGAUAUUAGUUACUUCGGGCAUGUGCAAGAAAUAAUACUUCUCUAACUUUGGAUUAACAAAGAUUUAGUCUCAAGGCCCCACACCACAAAUUAUGAGAUGUCUAAAUGUCACCAUUUUAUGGACCAUUUUUUGUUCACAUUGUCGCAGAAGGUGCUUUUCAAGGAACAUAAGUAAAAUUAGUCUAGAAAAUUCUAAAUUCUUGGAUGUUAAGUACUAGUCAUUUUAGUAUGUUGUACAAAAAUAUUUACUUUAAAGCACUUUAAUUUCCUGUACAAAGUAAUUAUGACUUAUAUUGCAUAGGACCUAUUCAAGCUUUUGACACUCUUGUAUCUUCUGUUUAAACUUGAGCCAAUUUUGACCAAUAUUACAUCACAUUCCAAAGU